UUGAAUGAAGACGACGUUCCGUCACGAUAUACUGUGAGUAGUACAGCGCUGUCCGAUGUAUACGAGUGCAUUCUGAACAACGUAAAAGAAAGAAUCCACAUGGACGCGCCUCGACACUGUGAUUUUGAACUGAAGUCAUUGAUUCUGGGUACUCACACUGUGACUGGAAAAAAACAGGAAAAAGAUCCAGGGCGUAAAGAAAUAAUUUGGACUGGAUGCGAAAAAUAUCUACGCUGUAACGGAUGCUGGCAGCAACGUGAAACGGGAAGUUUCGUUGGGAAACAAGGAGCACCAUUUACUGUGCGCUACCGGUUACCAGAGGUGGAGUUAGAAGCAGAAAAGGUGCAGAAAGAAUUUUUGGAUAGUGUUGAACGAGUAGUAGAAAAACUAGAAAUUGAUGAGAGUAACCCCAUUUUACAGAGCAAUUCCCAGAUAGCUACAGAAGCAAGCACCGAAGGGUUUGUAGAAGACAUGUCACUUAUGACAGCUGAUAAUUUUAGAAAUAUUCCGUCAAUUAAGACUGCUACGCUCACACGUUGGCACAGCAUUUUAGAGAUGCUGGAGAGUUUAAUUCAUGUUUGCAACCGUGAUCCAAUAAACACAUGUUAA